AUCUCUCUCAUUCUCUUUCUGAUUACGUAAAUAUUUUUUGUGCAACAUAGCAGCGGAACGUUGGAACACGACGGAAGGAGAAACGUGGAACGUGUAUUAGAACAUGCAUCCGGUUUAUUCGAUCUUCUUCGUUUCCCUGUACUUUAAUCUUGUCUAUGUCAAAACUACUAUUAGCCUCCAGUAUAUGAAUGCACGGUGUGCUUAUAUGUAAUAAAGAUAUUCAACAAUAAAUUCGCAAAUAAUGUUUGCGAAUGUGUCAUCUUCCAUCGUAGCAGCCGGUAUUUCGAUUUAUACACGGUAACGACGCAUAGGCAUACAAGUUAAGAGGCAAAGAGAUCCUCGUCAGGGUAUACAGCAAUGGCUACAGUUGAAGGCAUUACAGUAGAGGAUCUUAGGACGGAGAUUGAAAGACUCUCAAGAGAAUUAGAUUUAGCUUCCACGGAGAAGAUACAAUCCGCUCAAUAUGGUCUUGCAUUACUCGAAGAAAAAUCGGCUCUACAACAAAAGUGCAAUGAUCUCGAGGCCCUCUAUGAAAACACGAAGCAUGAGUUAGAGAUCGCACAAGAGGCCUUAACUAAAGUUCAAACAACUACUAUAUUGACUACAAAAAGUGGUAUUGAACAAGAGGAGAGUCUUUUAAGUGAAAGUGCAGCAAGAGAAACGUCUUUACAAAUACAAAUAUUAGAACUGGAAAAUGAAACAAAGCAGUUACGUCAUGAAUUAGAACGAGUACAAGCUGAGCGUGAUCAUGCACUUCAGGAAAGAGAGGAAAUAGGUAAAGAUCAUCUACAAGCAGAAACAGAAAGAAAAACAUUAAGAACGGAAUUACGUGAAUGUAGAUUUCGUGAAACUAGAUUACUUCAAGAUUAUUCAGAAUUAGAAGAUGAAAAUAUCUCGCUACAAAAACAAGUAUCUGGUCUGCGGUCCAGUCAAGUAGAAUUUGAAGGUGCCAAACAUGAAAUUAGAAGAUUAACAGAGGAAGUAGAACUUUUAAAUAGUCAAGUAGAAGAAUUAACUAAUUUAAAAAGGAUUGCUGAAAAACAAAUGGAAGAGGCAUUAGAAUCCUUACAAGCUGAACGUGAAGCUAAAUAUGCACUUAAGAAGGAAUUGGAUCAACGAAUUAAUAGUGAAUCUAUUUAUAAUCUCAGUAAUCUUGCUCUUUCUAUUAGAGGAAUUACUGAAGAUCAAACAAUAUGUAGUGAUGGUGAAGAUGAUCCGCCUGCAUUACGUAGAAUUGAGGCAGAUUUGAAAACUCAAGAACCAGGAACUUCUGCAACAGAUAAACAAGUAGACUUGUUCUCUGAAAUUCAUUUGAAUGAAUUGAAAAAAUUAGAAAAACAAUUAGAGCUUGCUGAAUCUGAAAAAGUUCAUUUAACUCAGAAUUUAAGGGAAUCUCAAUAUGCAGUUGAAAAAAGCCAAGGAGAGUUACAAACAUUUAUUGCACGAAUUAUGCAAUUAACAGCACAUGUGCAAUCAUUGCAACAUCUUCAUUCCAAAUUACCUGGAAAAGAAAAUGAGGAAGUUACAAUGGAAAAAUUGAAUCAGGCUAUUAUGCAAUACCAUCAAUGGAGUACAAUGUCUGCCCGUGAAGUAGAUCAACUGCAGAAAGAUUUAACGGAAUUAGAGAAUGGUUUAACAGUAUCUGAUGCAACACAGCAAUUAAGAACGGAAUUAACAAAUUUGAGAAAUAAGAUCCCAGAAUCAGAGAAGAUGCUUCGAGAAAAGCUUUUAGAUACUGAACAAAGAAGUAUGCAACUCGAAUCUGAUGUUUGUACCCUCUCCAAACUUGCUAUAGAAGCUGGAGGUUUUCUUGAUUCAGCGCAAAAUGAUUUGCAAAAUAUUUCUGAUGAAUUGGUGUACCUUUAUCAUCAUGUGUGUGCAGUCAAUGGAGAAAUGCCUUCACGUGUUGUCCUCGACCAUGAAAAAAUUGUUCCUGAAAAAGAAGAAGAAGGAAAUAGUAAAAUUGAAUGGUGUAGAACUUUGUUCAAAACAGAUAUUAAAAUUAAGGAUCUAGAAAGUCUUAGCAAAGCAAAAGAAAUUGCUAAGCAUAUAGAAAUUGCUAUUGAUCAAAUAAAACAUCUGAGAAGUGCAGUAGAACAUACAAUACAAUUAUCUAAGAAGAAGGGAGUACAAUCAAACAUUUGUAAUGUUUGUGAAGCAUCUGUAAAUGAGAAUAAGGCCGAAGUGGCAGAUUUGCAAGAACAAGUUAUAAGAUUAAAGGCAAUGUUGUCUGCUAAACGUGAACAAAUAGCAACUUUAAGGACAGUAUUAAAGUCAAAUAAAAACACGGCUGAAGUAGCAUUAACAAAUUUGAAGAGUAAAUAUGAAAAUGAGAAAAGUAUUGUUAAUGAAACCAUGCUGAAACUACGAAAUGAACUUAGAAUGUUGAAAGAAAAUGCAGCUACAUUUUCAAGUUUACGUGCAAUGUUCGCUGCACGUUGUGAAGAAUAUGUUACUCAAGUGGAUGAACUACAACGUCAGCUGACUAUAGCAGAGGAUGAAAGGAAGACCUUGAAUCAACUUUUACGCCUCGCAGUGCAACAAAAGCUUUGUCUCACGAUGAAGCUUGAAGAAUUAGAAGUUGAUAGAGAAUUGCGAAAUACCAGAAGACAUGCUACUGGUGCUAAUGGACGAGGUAGAGCGCGAUUAUUACAACAAACAAACCGUCCACAUUUAGGCAGAGAUUUCUUCUAGAAAAUGAUGAAGAUGUGGAGCAAGAUAUUUUGAGAAAAUAUGGAAUUCUGAACACCUUUGAAGUUUUUACUAUUUAUUUAAAAAUUUCCCUGAAUAGUAAAAACGAAAAACUUUUUUGUAAGGUUUUUAGUGAAAAAUUGAUACCAAAUUACUGUUCAUUAAUCUAUUUAUCAAAGUAUAUUCGUAUAUGAAUUACUUAUCUAUAUUAUUUAUUAUUAUAUUCUUAAAAACAUUCUUGUUCCAUGUCAUACAAGUAUUUUUACACAGACGACCGUGGGCAGGGAUGAAUUAUUAAUGGAACUGGUGACGCCGUCCUCAUUAUGAGAAUGAGUUUUAAAUGCAUUGAGACAUGGAAUGAUAGACUUAUUGACAAUUUUUACGAUGCUCUUUUUGUCUAAAAUUUAUCAGAGUUUUGCCUUAUAUUAUCUCUAUUUUAGUAACAAAUUCUAACAAGGAACAGAAAGAACAUCAAUUGUAAUAAGCUGAGAAUUUUUAAUCUUGCUGUGACUGGUCCACAAGAUACGUGGAGCCUUAUAGAUUUUCUGACCUACGCCCAAGAUAUUUUUCAGAAAAACUUAUUUGUAAAUAUCAGACGUCAUGCUGUGUAUUGAUUUGGUUCAUUUUUAAUAACAAUAAUAUAUAUAUAUAUAUAUAUAUAUAUAUAUAUCUAUGUAAAAUUAUUUAUUUAUUUAUUUUAUUUUUUUUUUUUUUUUUUUUAAUGAAAUUUUAUGUUCAUAAUGAGUUCUGUCACCCGUGGGUCGUCAAAGUCAUAGUUUUUGCAUCCUUCGUGGAUUCAUAAAUCGUAUCAAUAAGAAAAGUGAAUGUAUAAAUUACUUCAUACUAGACAUGGUUGCAUCAAUUUCUACUUUAUUGAUAAACUUGCAUUAUGCAACAUAUAAUAUUUCAGACGCAAAGAUGAUAGCAUUGCAUAUCAUAGAAACAGUGUUAAUAAACACGCCAUACAGUAGCGUCCAUAAUCAAAGUAGAACACAAAAUAAUAGAUAUGUAUAUAUGAAGAAAAAUAAAACAGAAAUAACACUGAGGGAUAAGCAAAAGUAAUGUGAAUGUAGGGAAUCCAUUUACACAUUUACUUUGCCUAAUUGUUAUUGACGUUUUUUUAUCUAAUAAUAAGAUCAAUAUAAUUGUUCUAUUGUGUAAUUUUUUUGUUUAAAUAUUACUUGAAUAAUGAAUUGAAUUGCACAUCAUUUUAAUUCGAUUUUUAAAUCACAAAUGUUAAUGCGCCAUCCAGUUAUAUAGUAUUCUUAUGCAUGACAUUACUAAAUAAUAUAUAUUCCACUCUCCCUCUCUUUCUUUAGAAAUUUUUAUAUUACGCAGCUGCAGUUUUUUAUGAGUAAAUUCUUGUCAAAUCGUGUGUUACUUGUUAAAUUUAAAAAAUUAACUAUAUUCUGUUUUUGAUCUAUUAUUAUCCUAUAAAAUGAUAAAAGAGAGAGAGAGAGAGAGAGAGAGAGAGAGAAAGAGAAAGAAAAAAAAAGAUAUGUAUAUGUAUGCUGCGCGCGUAUGUAAGACGGAAAAAAUAGGAUUAUUACGAAUAUUAUUUAUUACACUGUUCUAUUUUUGUUUUAUUGUACAAUUGUUUAUUUGUACAAAAACAGAUCGUGUGUUCUAAUUACUUUACGAUUUAGCAACAGUAUUGGAAGUUUUUCAAUGCAGAAUGUUCAAUUACAAUUAUAAAUGUAUAGAAUAUUUACAAACUUCAUAAAAUACAAUAGCAUUUACAAAAGUUUUUUUUAUCCUGUUUAUAUAAUCUAGAUUACGUAUGGUUAUUAAUAAAAUGAUUAAUAUAAAAAAUGCAUAAUUAGAAUAAGAAUGAUAAUCAUUAAAUAUAUGUGAAAUACAUGUAUCUAUUUUUUCAUGUAAUGGAACAUUCUGCAAACAUGUGUACAUGUGCAAAACUACAAUACAAGAUUUUAAGUCAAAUUUGUUAUUAUAGCUAUUGCUAUUAACUAAUAAUUUUCAUUUUAAUUAUAAUCGCUGCAGCUACUACUAUUAUUAUUAUUAUUAAUACUACUAUUUUAUUAUUGUUAUUGUUAUUACUACCAUUAUUGAUAUCGCUACUAUUGAUAUAAUUGCUACUAUGUUUCUAUUUCUGUCAUUGUGAUUAUUAUCAUUAACGUUUUAACGUUUUGAAUAACUGAGUAAUAUUAAUGAUAUUUCAAGUAUAUAUUUCUAUUAAAAUUAUAUAUUAUUAAUCAGGUACCAUUACUUUAUGGUCACAUUCUUAUCAAUUUUAAAUGCAUAUGAUAACUGUCAGACAUGGCAGUAAUUUAUUGUCCAGUCAUUAUAUUUUUUGUAUAUGAAUAUGAAUUGCCGUAUUCAUAUAUUCGUCAGUAAUAUGUUGACAUUAUUUUUGUUAUAUUUUCUAUUUUAUUUUCUCAACAUUUUACUAUCUUUUAUAUUAAUGAAUAAAGUGUACAAAUCAAUCAUUUA